CCUGUGUGAGUGUGUGUGUGCCCGUGCGCGUGUGUGUAUGUGUGAGGGAGAGAAAGCAGCAGCAGAGAGAGAGAGAGAGAAAGAGAGUGUGUGUGUGUUCUGUUCCUUUCCUUUCUUUGUUUGACUACUGAGUGGAAAAGCGAGACAGAAAAAGAGUGUACAUGCGCGAAAUAGAGAGGGUGAGGGAAAGAGGGAGGAGAGAGAGAGACACAGAAAGAGAGAGGGACGAACAGAUGAAGAUCCACAGCGAGACACGCUCCACACUUUCUUUUUUUAGAUGAGGAGAGAAAGAGAGACAAAGAGGGGAUUUCUAUUUUGGUUUUAAUUUUUUUUUUUGCAUGGGUGAAUAUUACAGCAACCCUGCUUGCGUCUGACAACAGUGUCACGUUGUAGGGGUCCCUGGGUUUGUGUGUAUGUGUGUGCAUGCGUCUCUGUCUGUGUGUGUGUGUGUGUGUGCCUUGAGCGCUGGCUCGGUCCGCUCCGUGUGUGUUUGUGUUGCGAGGGGGGGGAGGCAGCCCGUGCGAUUUAAAGGGAACACAAAGCUAGGAGCGCAGGCAGCCGGGUAGAAUCUGCUGAGCUAGCCAGCACAACACCCCCUUGCUUUGGAUUUACUACCCCCACCAUCGGCACUACCUCCUCCGCCUCCACUCUCCGCACACACGCGAACACAGCGCCAUGAGCAUCGGAGGUGACAUGGUGGCCCGCUGUUAAAACCAAAGGAACCGCCGUUGUCUGCCAACACCAGGGUUGGAGAGACCCCAGGGAGAUGACUGACACCCGAAGCUGAGCCCCCGCACUGCUGUCAAUCAAAAACCUGCUGCUACUCCAAAAGGUCUUCAGGGUCCUUGGUGCUGUAGAAGUAGUGGGAGGCUACCGGCAGACUCUCUGGGCAUUAGUGUGAAGCCUCUUCUCUGCUGCAGUGGAGGGCUUCACGCAGACGGCUAGUCUGGCUGGAUGCAUCACGCGGUAGAGCAAUUUGGCGGGCGUGGCACACGGGAGCCCUUCCCUCUGGACGGACUCAACAGGGGGCCAUGGGCUCCCGUCGGCAGCCGCCCCUGGCCGCCGCCCACCAGGUGUUCACCUGGAAUGAGCCAACACCAGCUCCUCCCCCAUCUACCUCUCGGCCCAAUGGGCGGACUGAACCACCCGAAAUAUUUCAAUAAUGGACCCAUGCCGGUGCGGGGGGGAGACAAACUCGACCUCCCCCAACACGCCUCGCUACCGGGCAUGCAGCGGGAGCAGCCGAGAGCCCCUCCGCCUCACCCCGCGCACCACCACCACCCCCACCCCCACCCCCCGCCGCCCCACAGGGGGUGGGAGCAGCUCGGCCAGCUCUACGACCCCCACCCGCCCCCGUCACAAGGGGGGCCCGCGCCCGGGGACCACACCCUGCGACUGCAUGCUGGGGGAGGAGGAAGUGGAGGGGGAUGCUAUGCUAACAACGGUGGUGGUGGGGGCGGUGGUGGUCCUCCUCCACCCAACCCCCACCUCCCCCCGGGCAGAGUGGGCCAACUGCUGAAGUUCGGGGGGCCUCAGGAGCCCCAUGUCCCCAGGGCCCCUCAACCAUUAGGGGAGGAGAUGUGGGCCCAGGUGCAGCAGCAGCAGAGAGGAGGGGGCUACCCCGUGAAGAUGGUGGGGGGCCAGCUGAAGAGACCGGGCCCUCCAAUGGGCGGGGAGCACUCUGUCAUCCAACACACCCCCGCUCUACACCCCGCCUCCCGGCCCAGCCCUGAACAGGACUGCUCCGCCAGCCCCAAGAGGAAGAAGAGACCCGACCAGGUUCCCAACGGGGGGGUCCAGCGGUUCCCCGGGCCCCCGGCGGCCCCCCAGUCUCUCCACCCUCAGGCGGCGUCCCAGGGCCACUACCCUCCCCCUAAGCCGGCCUUCUGGAACCCCGUCGCCAAGGGCAACGCGCCCUGGCAGCCCCAGACCGCCGAGCGCAAGAGCCUGGCUCCACACGAGUUCCAGGCGCGGACGGAAACCAAUAAGCCAGGCGGCUACGGCCACAAGCCCCCCGCCCCCGCAUCCACUCAUUCCACGCUCUCCCCCUCCAUGGGGGGCUACCACCCCGGCCCCCAGAAGACGGGCUACCACCACCACUCCCACCACCUCCAGCAGCAACAACAACAACAACAACAACAACAACAACAACAACAGCCACCGGUGGUGAACCAGUCCCCCCACUCCUCGUACCCCCAGCCCGGGAGCGCCAAACCGGCCCCCGCCCCGCCCCGCCACCCCUCCCUGGAGCCCCACAGGGGCCACCAGGGGGCCUCCCACGCUCAGUCCCACCAUACGCCACCCAGGGGUGCCAGGGAACCAGCCCCGCCGCCCCGGUCUUCACCAGCCAACCCCCCAGCCGCGACCAGCAGCAGCGUGCCUUACAGUCACUUCCAGCCUCACGCGGGGCUGGGGCACCCGGGCCCCCCCGCGCCCUCCCCCCAGCCCACCAGCAGCACCGCCGUACCUCAGCAGCAACCCGGCACCGCCCGCGACGACUGGAAGUACCAGGGCCGGGCGGGCAGCCACUCGCUGGAGGCGGGACUCUACAGGUCCACCCAGAUCCUACCUCAGGGCCAACAGAGCCACGCCCCCUCGCUGCACCACUCCCACCCCCACCCCUUACACCACCACAUCAGCGCCCCUCUAGUGAACCCCACCCGUACCCCUGUGAUCACCCCCAACCCUCCUGCCCCUCAGCCCUCCUGCUCUGUUGGUGGCUACGGCAUCAGCAGCAACAACAACCACAACAACAGUGGUAGCGUCAUCGGCGGCCGACCCUCCGGGGCUGUUUCCACGGCAACCACAGGGAGCUGCUUGGUCAGGAACGGCGGAGGAGGCGGCGGCGGCGAUGAACUCUGGCAACGAGAGCGGGCGCCGGCACCGCAGACCCCCAACCCCGCCCCCGCCCCCAACACCUUCCAGCGGGACGCCCUGCUGCAGUCGAGCUAUCAGGGAACCCAGGCUGGCUCCGCCCAGCACCACCACCACCACCACCACCCACAGCACCACCACCCACAGCAGAGGGUGGUGCACCGACCACAGCAUCAGGGAGCUCCCAGCGCCGCGCCCCCGCCCCCGCCCACCCAGGGAGAGAGCGCCUACUACCGACGGACCACAAAGGCGGAGCAGCACGGCACGCCCAAACCUCCACCCCCCCCGCCGCCGCCGCCGUCGUCCUCCGUGUCCUCGCCGGCGCUCUCCUCCUCCCUGUUCUCAGGUUUCCAGCGGGCGGGGGAGAGCGUGAUCACCAGCAGACCCUCGUCAGUCCUCCCUCCCUCCUCUGGUUCCCUCAGCUCCUACACUCCCGUGGCUCCGUCGGGCCACCACCACCACCACCACCACCAGCACCACCAGCACCACCACCACGCCGCUGCUGCUGCUGCUGCCCGACACGCCCACCCCGGCCUCCCCAGAGUGGGGCACCAGCCAGGCUCCACCCCCCAGGGCACCGGCCUGGCCCGCGGCCAGCCCCAGCUGUGUGCUCCGGUGCCGGCCUCGCAGUCCAUCGAGGAGGCCCUGGACAAACUGGACGCCGAGCUGGAGGGCCACAUGCAGGCGGAGGAGACGAGGAAGAGGGCCAGGGAGGAGGAGGAGGAGAAGACAGAGAGGAAGAGGCGAGAGGAGGAAGAGCAGACGGCCAUGGACAACCUGGAGAGACUGCUGGCAGGCGACUCCUCGCCGCCCCCCGCCCUCCCUCGCCUCUCAAGCCCCCCCGCCCCGUCUGCCUCAGUCACCCAGGCCUCACCCCCUUACCCCUGGCUGAGUCGCGGCGGGGUACCCCCCUGUCCUCCGUCGGCCCCGGCACCCAGCGCCGUCACCGCCGCCCCCGCCAGUACCCCCCUGGAACGACUGCGGCCGCCCCCCCUCACCCCCCAGACGGAGUACGCCAGAGAGAAGCAGCGGCAGAGAGAGCUGUGGGGCCACAGCCCCCCCACGCUGCACCACGCACCGGGGUUGACCCAUUCCCCCUUCCCCCCGACGCUCGGCUCCCCCAAAGACCCUUUGAGGGGCCCGCAGCCCCCCAGAUCCCACCCGGGGCCACUCCCCUCCCUGCCCACCCUUACGCUGGGGGAGCCCCCCAAGCUGUACCAGGCCUUCCCCAGGGAGGGGCCGCCACCCUCGGCCCCCGGGGGGCUGCUCCUCCGGCCCCUGGACGAGGACUCUGACGGCGGGCCCUUCGAGGAGGAGCCGUCGGAGCUGUCCACGCUGCUCCCCGACGGCCUGGCCAACAUCAUGGCCAUGCUGGACGAGUCCAUCCAGAAGGAGGAGGCCCUGUGCGUCGGCGGCCGCCCCCCCGGCGGCGACCCGGCGGCGGCUGCGGUGGGGGGCCCGGGCUACCCCUGCGCCCCGGACCUCAUCCCGGCGCCCAAGCACCCGGCCAACCAGGAGGAGUUCGCCAGCCCCCCCGUGCUGAGCCGGCAGGGCUCGCUGGCCUCCCCCUGCAGCCGCACCUCCUCCUUCAACGAGGAGGACGAGGAGGGCCCCAAGGCGGCCCCCGGCGCCGGGCCCCAGCUCCUCCAGCGGCCCCGCGUGGGGCCGGGCCCCGAGGAGAACACCAACUACCGGCACAGCGACCUGGCCAAGCUGUACGGCCUCCCCGAGCUCAGCAAGAGCGAGGCGGACGAGGAUGAGGACGAGGAGGAGUCGGAGACGCCCUCAAGCUCCCCGCCGCCGCCCCAGAGGCCCCACCUCCACCAGACGGGCGUCAGCAGUAUGUUCAAGUCCCUGGCCACCGUCAAGGAGAGCCAGAGGUACGCGUACCGCGGCGGGCCCUUCGGCAGGCCGCCACCCUCCGCCCUGCUCGGGGUCAAGUACUCGUCGUCACUGUCGCUCGGGCCCCACAUCCACCGGCAGCAGAAGGAGGGCAGCUCCCCCACCUCGGACCCCAGCCACCCGGGGUUCAGCCCCCCUGUGGCCCCCGACCCCAAGACCUCCCCGUAUCCCCUGGCGGAGAGCAAGGCGGCGAUAGCCGACGUUCGGAGGGAGGCGACGGACCAGAGGACGGCGUUCGUCCCCUCCACCGUGGAGCCGGCGGACAUCAAGGAGGAGGCGAUGGAGAAGCUCACCACCAUCUCCGAGACCUCCCUGGCGGAGCUGGGCCGGAGCUGUGACAUCCUCAUCGGUCGGCACACCGACAAGAGGAGCUCCCCCGAGCGCCACAUCAAGCUGGAGGACCGGGGACACGCGUCGCACGGGAAGGAGAAGGAGCGCGAGAGGACCAAGGACAAGAGCCGAGAGCGGGCGAGGGAGAGGGACGGGGAGACGAAGAGGAAGCACAGCCACAGCAAGAACCACGAGGAGCGCAAGGAGAGGAAGAAGCAGGAGCGGGAGAAGAGGGCCGACAUGGCCUUCUCCUCCUCCUUCUCCUCCUCCUCCUCCCCCGCCCUGUCCUCCCACUCCAGCUCCGGCCACCGCAAGCGCCACAAGGAGGGCAAGAGCCACAAGGAGAAGGACCGGCGGAUCCUCGGAGACCUGGACCUCCAGAGCAAGGAGCAGCGCGAGAAGAACCGCUCGCACGACAAGAAGAAGCAACGCAAGGACACGACGGCCGGCUCCGCCAGCGAGGGGGAGCCCGGCGAGUGGACGUCCAGGGGCGAGGCACCCUCCUCCUCUUCCUCCUCGUCGCCGAGCCGCCUGGACCCCGAGGCGGAGACGACGGCGGUGGCGGGCGCCGACGACUUCCUGAAGCUGAAGGCGCUCUCGGACGGGCCGCCCAAGGAGCUGAAGAUCCGGCUGAUCAAGGUGGAGAGCGGCGACCGGGAGACCUUCAUCGCCUCGGAGGUGGAGGAGAAGAGGAUCCCGCUGGAGGAGAUCACCAUUAGGAACAAGGCGGGGGAGAUCAUCAGGGCCUGCAAGGGAUCCAGGGUCAAGGGGAAGUUCAGAGAGUCCUACUUGCUUCCGGCCUUCUCCGUGAAGCCCCCCACCAUGACCUCAGAGGUGCCCCUCCCCAGGGAGAAGCUCUACCCCCCGACGCCCAGCAUUUAUCUGGAGAGCAAGAGGGACGCCUUCUCCCCAGUGCUGCUGCAGUUCUGCACCGACCCCAAGAACCCUGUGACGGUCAUCAGAGGCCUGGCUGGAUCGCUUAGACUCAACCUCGGACUGUUCUCCACCAAGUCCCUGGUGGACGCCAACGCGGAGCAGGCGGUGGAGGUCCGCACCCAGGUGCAGCAGCCCGCCGACGAGAACUGGGACCCCAGCGGCACGGGCCAGACCUGGCCCUGCGAGAGCAGCCGCUCCCACACCACCAUCGCCAAGUACGCCCAGUACCAGGCCUCCAGCUUCCAGGAGAGCCUGCAGGAGGAGAAAGGGAGUGAAGAGGAGGAUGAAGAAGAGGGUGACAAGAAGGAGAAGAAGCCAUUGAGUUGUCUUGACACCCCCAGCAAGGACCCACCUAAAGAAGCUGGCAGCAGUGGUGAGCAGAAGCCAGUGGGGAAGAUCAUUAAAUUCGGCACUAACAUCGACCUCUCGGACCCCAAACGGUGGAAGUCCCAGCUGCAGGAGCUGCAGAAGCUGCCCGCCUUCAUGCGCGUGGCGUCCAGCGGUAACAUGCUGAGCCACGUGGGCCACACCAUCCUGGGCAUGAACACCGUGCAGCUCUACAUGAAGGUCCCGGGCAGCCGCACCCCAGGUCACCAGGAGAACAACAACUUCUGCUCGGUCAACGUCAACAUCGGCCCGGGGGACUGCGAGUGGUUCUCCGUGCACGAGAACUACUGGCACGCCAUCAGCGACUUCUGUGAGAAGCACGGCGUGGACUACCUGACGGGGUCCUGGUGGCCAGUGCUGGAGGACCUCUACAAGGCCAACAUCCCCGUGUACCGCUUCAUCCAGCGGCCCGGGGACCUGGUGUGGAUCAACGCCGGCACGGUGCACUGGGUCCAGGCCGUGGGCUGGUGCAACAACAUCGCCUGGAACGUGGGUCCUCUCAAUGCAUACCAGUACCAGCUGGCUCUGGAGCGGUUUGAGUGGAACGAGGUGAAGAAGGUGAAGUCCAUCGUCCCCAUGAUUCACGUGUCCUGGAACGUGGCGCGCACCGUCAAGGUCACCGACCCCGACACCUUCAAGAUGCUCAAGCACUGUCUCCUGCAGUCCAUGAAACACAUCCAGGUGCUGAGAGACCAGCUGGUGGCCGGGGGCAAGAAGAUCUCCUACCAGAGCCGCGUCAAGGACGAGCCCGCCUACUACUGCAACGAGUGUGACGUGGAGGUGUUUGACCUGCUGUUCGUGACCAGCGAGAGCAGCAGCAGGAAGACGUACGUGGUGCACUGUGAGGACUGCGCCCGCCACCGCAGCCCCAGCCUGGCCAAUGUGGUGGUGCUGGAGCAGUACCGCAUCGACGAGCUCAUGACCGCCUACGACUCCUUCAACCUGUCGUCCGUGUCUGGCUCCCGGUGACAGCCCUCCACCUCCUCUCAGUCAUAACCAAAACUCCUGCCAGCCGGGACAAAACACAGCAUUUCACUUUGCAACUGUCAUUAUAAAAAAAUCAAACCUUUUUUUCUUUUUUACUACUGCUAAUACUUGCCGAACAGCCAACGGAAAAUACCAGUUUACAUAGCAUUCAAAAACCGCCAAUCAAAAAAACGCCAGUUUACUCUCAGAAGGUGCACUCCGCCAGCCAGUUGCCCUGGCAACGGUGAACUUGACGACCACGGUGCAGUCAGUGCUGCCAUUGAACAAACGAAAUAGGAGCGGUCUGACGGCAUGUUUUAAUUGUUUUUUUUUACCGUGUUGAAUACUGAAUUUUGUACAUGCUGUUUGCGAUUAUCGUGGAGUGCUUUUAUGAGAAAAAAAUAAUUUAUUGUGUUGAGUUUUUUUCUAAACUAGAUCAGCCUAGAUAUAUACCACAUUGGCCUUGUCACUUGUAUUUAGAAAAAUACUAAGAAUAGAGAUAUGAACAUUUUCUAAAGCAUUAAGAAUAUGAGAAAAAAACGGUUUGGAAUGCUUCAAAACAUACGGGUUGCAUAGACUUUGGUUUUUUUCGGGACUUCAUCUUGAAUUUUUUUUUUGUCAUUCAGAAUCGUGAUGUGUGAAUCUUGUUUUUAUUAUGACAUUCUACAUAUUUUAUUUCCUUGUUGAGAGUUAAUAUUGACCAUCAGGUUGUAAUUGUCUAAAAGCGAUCGUCAUCAAGUGGGUUUUGUUUGUGUGUAUCAUAACUGCCGAAUGUUUCCCCUUACAUUGUACAUGUCUCUGUUCCUCUUUCCUUUAUUUAAAAGUGUUUCUCUUCUAUUUAUUGGACAUUGGUUUUCUCCAUAGGAUCGUUCAUCAAAAGGUGCUAAGUGUCCCCUUUGUGUCUGUUUGGUAUAAAGUGUGGACUAAAGAAAUACGAGGUCGGGCGAGGGACUACUGUUUACCUGGUGCUUAGCUCUCUCCCCCCUCCAUCUUUAUCUUGGACAUAACACCACGUUUCCCCUGUAGCUCACAUAGACGAUACUACUAACAGAACGCUGUCAUUGUGUGUGUGUGUGUGUGUUUAUUAGAGAUGAGAAACAGUUAUUUUGUUUAUCGUGUUUUCAUUUCUCUUCUGGGUUUAUGAUUUUUUUUUAUUCCAUAGGGGGCAGGGUACUUAUUAAGAUGAGAUUUUAAUGAUAUUAUCUGUUGAAUACUAUGGGAUAGAUGGUGCUAAAUGUUAUUUUUGAACACUUUUUUUUUGUUUUUCCUUGUUCGUUAUCUUUUUAAAUGAGAUUUCUAUUUUUCCUGUUGCAAUACACCUUCCCCCUCUAUUUCCCUUUGUGGUCGAUUAUUUAAAACUGCACUGUUUAAAGAAUUUACACACCAACACUUGCAUACACACACACACCAAACUGAGCCAGACAUGUCUUAAAACACUUUGUGAACUUGUGUGACAUUACUAUGAAUAUUAAUAAACGCUUUUUGAUAAACUCAAA